AGAAAGCAACGAUUUUUUAGUUCGUGUUUAACCGCAAUCGAAGGUGGUUCGGUCAUUGAGGACAUUUAAGGAAUACGUGAAUAUUACGUGAAUUUUAUUAGAAUUUUAUACUCUUAUUAUAGUAUAGAGUGACACUGAAUUUGGUGUUGUUUAGUUUAGAAGAACUCGUAAAGAAAUACGGAAAUAUUGUGAAAAAUGGCUUUCAGCGGUUGUACGGCAUCCCUCAAGAGCUUGGGCGACAAGACUGCCAAUCUUUUCAGCCGCAAGAAGGAAGAUGUUGAAAAAUUGGCCAAGGAGAAAGCUGAUAAUGCCGCAAAAAUGGCUGAGGAGCAAGCUAAGGCAGUAGGACAAUCCGUGCAACAGACCAAGAGCGAGGCGGAGAAUUUGGCAGCCAGUGCUGCUAAAGAAGCCGCUGAUUUAGCUGCUGCCGAAGCACAAAAGGCCGGUCAAGCUGUAAACUCGGGUGUAAAUCAAGCUCAAGCCGCUGUUGACAAUUCGAAGCAAGCCAUCGAUAACACUGUACAACAAGCGAAUGCUGCCGCUGCCAAUGCCAAGCAAGUGGCCGCCAAUGUGGCUGAGGCAUCACAAAGGGCCGCUGCCAAUGCCGUCGAACAAACUACGAAGGCUGCCAACGAUGCCAUCAACAAGAGCGUCAAAGCUGCCGAGCAGACAGUCGAGACAAAAAUGAAGGAAGCCGAGCAUGCCAUCGAUGGCGCUGUCAAGCAGACCAGCCAAGCGGUCGAUCAAAAGAUGAAUGAGGCCAAUCAAUAUGUCAGUCAUAAGCGCGAGGAUUUAGAGAAGACCAUACAUGAUGGCGCCGUAAGCGCACAAGAGUCUGCUGGCAACCAGGCUGCCAAUCUCUUGGGCAAACUGCAUCUUGGCCAGUAAGGUGGCACCGUAAGCAAUUAAGCGUUAAAGGAGAGUAAGCGAGGAGAAGCAUAGGAGGUGAAAGUGAGCAUGUGGAAGAUGACGAGCUCGAAAUUUAGUUAUGUAAUUUGUAAUAUGUGGCAGUUUUUUUUAAUUAUUAUAAAUAAGUUGAAGGAAGAAAUAAAAAAAAAAAUUAAAAAAUUUAUAAAAAUAAAAUAAAAAAUGCAACCGUAAAGCUAAAUACAACAACUACAUGCAGAAUACACUUCAAAACAAAUACACUGUUAUAUGUAAAGUUUGAAUAAUUAGAGAUGGGGUGCAAAAAUGAAAAAAAAUAUCGAAGAAAGAAAUAUUGGCAAAAAGUAUAAAAAAAAAUUAAAGAUAUUAAAAAUAGCUUGAAAACAUAGAGCGAACUGCAUCAGGAAUUUUUUGUGAGAUUUUGAAAAAACAAAAACAACAAGCAACCAGUGCCAGUUUUGUGAUUGUAACGUUGGAGGAGCGAUAUUUAUAUAAAAAAAAUACUGAAAAUGAAAAAAAAAAUUAUGAAAACUGCUUAAUUAAAAAUAUAAUUGUUACUACUAACUGGAACUGAACGGAAUUCUAUUUCACUGAGCUAUUUAUAAAGAAAAAAAAAAUAAAAUAAAAAACAAAUGGAAAA